AUGAAAGAGGACCAGAAUGUCAAAAUGAUGAAAAUCCACUCUAACGGAUUUGUUCCACACACUCGAAAAGAGAUCCUGAACAGUUCAGUGCACUUCAACCAGUUGGCAAAGAGAAUUGGUCGCGAUUUGAGCCAAACAUGCGCCAAGAUGGAAAGGCUGGCCGAGAUGGCUAAAAAGAAAAGCCUCUUCGAUGAAAAGAGUGACAUGGAUCAUCUCUCUAGAGUUGUCAAAGAGGAUAUCACUAGCUUGAAUAAGCAAAUAGCCGCAUUGCAAGAGUUCUCCAGAGAACGUAAUUCUGGAACAAAAAAUCAAGGAACGGGUCAUUCCCAACUGGUCGUUGUUGGUCUGCAAUCUAAAUUGGCCAGUGUCAGUAAGGAUUUCCAGAGCGUACUGGAAAUUAGCACGGAAAACUUGAAACACCAAAAGAAUAGGCGGGAGAAGUUCUCUAAUGCAGAUCCGUUGCCUACCUCCUUCCCCUCCUCAUCUUCAGGUUCAAAUGUACGUUCGCGACUGCUUGAUGAUGAUAACCAGCACGGUGU